GAUGCCUGGCGCGGCUUUGGCCGGUGCGGCCAGGGGGUCACGGGCCGGUUUGCCCGUCAGGCGCUCCCCACCGCCUCCCUGGGCCAGAGCGAGGCAUCCCCUGCUCAGAUUAGUUGCUUGUCAUUAAGGCUGGGUCUUGCUGGCACGGAGCCAGGCCAGGGAGGUCGUGUGAAGUUACCUUGACUUUUAACAGGGGGAAGUUGAAUCUUUCCUUCUCAAGGGGCAGGCGCUAGGGGAGGUGGCACAGGCAGCGCGAUGGGGUUCACAGUCAUUGCAGUGAGUCCACCUGUGGCUCCUGCAUCAGAUCAUCCAGGCCCCGGGCAAAUGCAGGGCACCACUCAGACUAGCACAGAAGCUGUUUACAUCAGACUAGCAGGAUAAGAAAGACGGGAUGGAGUCAGCAGAUGCUGGGGCUAAAACAAAGAAAACCCUAGGAGCCGUUGAUUAUGUGGAGUCCUCAGGAUUUGCCCAAGGAGCCCUGCCGACGCAGAAAGAUGUCAUUCAGAACAUGUUGUACCUGUUACAGCCCAAAAGAGCUGGGCAAGCACAACGAUCAAAGGAAGAUGCAGCCCAAUUGCUUGCUGAGCUUCUGCAGGAACACUGGUUAUUUUGCAACUUGCACACCAUAGCAACCAAAACCAUAAAGAAAGUUAUUCUCAAAAUGUACGAGGAAUUCACAAAACUGUAUCAAACACGAAAGCAGAGGCAAAAUCAUGCAUUUAUGCAGAGGGCAGACAAAUUCAACAUGAGUUCAGAACAGCUGUUUGACAUAUUUUGUACAGAUGCAGUGAUAAGAAAUAAGCUGGAGGAGUGCACUGGCAUUAAGAUGACUGCUACAGAGUGGAAGUUUCUUGAAGACCAAAGAAGUGAAAGAAAAAUGUACUAUGAGGAUGUUGCAGACACGAAUGAGUUGAAGGCAAUGGAGAGGAGAAGAAAAGUACAAUGCCUGGACCACUUCAGAAAGAUGGCAAAAGAUGAAAGAGCAGCGAGCGAAUCAAAGGAAACUACUUAUGGAAGUGAUGUGCGGUCAGAUGAAGGCACGAGUGUUGAUGAAUUGUAUCCUGCUGAGGACGAAGAAGAUGCUCCGCACUUUUCAUUGCAGGGAAGGAGAAAGCGUCGAUAUGCAACACGGACUCUCAGCUCUACAACGUCAGCUAGUGGAACGAUACCUCUGGAGUGCCAGCAUAUACGCAUGAGCAUCCGGAGAGUGAGGCCUGGGUUCUACGAGACUGUUGACAAAAUUUAAAACUAACUGAACUAGAUGAUCUCUUGAGGUCCCUUCCAGCCUUACUUCUCUAUGAACACUAGUGCACAUUGAUCUCAGGCUGAAGCUGCUGUAGCAGAAGUUGGCAAUGCAAUGUUUGGCUGAUCUCAAAAUCCUGUGAUCAAUUGGAGGUCAUUGGUGUAGUUCAGAGGUAUCCAGCCUGCAGGAGGGAGCUUUGAACCAAUGGCACUGGCAGAAAUUUUAAAAGAUAUGGAUAAAGGAAUAAGCAUGAAGGCUCAUAGAUAGAGCAUGAUUUUCAGGUUAUGGAGUCAUACAGGCCUCUUCAUCUAGGACCCCACCUACACUUAGCUGUUUGAGAAACUUCUCACUGUUAUGUGACCGCUAGUGGUAGCAAUGGUAGGCUGAUGUUAGAACAGUAGCAGGGAAGCAAUGCUAUUGUUCAAGCUAAUCUAGAGUGCUGGUGCUAAGGAGCCACACAUCCUGUUUGGGUCAGUGGGAGUCAGCUGUGUUUGGCACCCUUUUAGAAUUGGGCAUUGUGGAAGUGGGUAGGGGAGGGAACUCAUUGUUUGGCCUGGCUGGCCAUUUUGGUGGCCAGCUUUGUGUUGUAUUUGGGAAGACAGUGUUUCAAGAACUCUCAAGAUCUUUGGGUGUAAGAGUAGUGAUGACUGACUAUUUAUGGUUCUGCAUAUUGUAAUCAUGAAGUGACCCUGUUUGGGGAAAAGCCUUCUUGUGUUUUGAUGGCUCUCUCAGUUAUGUCUGCAACCUGAAAUAUGAAGCCUCUAUAAAACACAGUUACCAUAUUUUAUUGCAUACCACACACCCUCAAGUAAGGUGCACACUUUAUUUUGGGAAAGGCAAAAUGAAGGGCCAAAAAAAAGCUUUUUUCCAGACUCAUGGCUGCAUUCUGGCCACAAGGAGUAGGAGCAAAGUCAGCCCAUCAGCAUGACUCAUCCUCCCCCCUUCUUGCUCAUUCAAAAGCUGGAGGUUUAACUGGCAGCAGCUUUUGCCUGCUCAGCCAGAAGGAGCUAGCUCUUAGCAGCCAUUCCAGCAUCCCUGUGCCUCUGUUUCAGAAUGGAAAUAUUUCAUUGCUUAAAACAUGCACCUCAAUUUUGAAGGGCUAAUUUUUGGAAGGGAGGAAAAGUAUGUGUGGUAUGUUAUUUAAAUAUGGUCUUUUAUCUGUGCUGAAGGAAAAGAAGGUGGAGCAGAGGUGCAUAUUAUGUUACUUGCUGUGGGACAAGAUUGCUAUGAAUAGUUACUCCCUGUCUUCUUGGCAUAUAAUUCCAAGUGUGUGUGUGUGUGUGUGUGUGUGUGUGUGUGGAUCUAGGAUGCCUGUAGUAGAAGAAGGGUCUGACUGCCAGAGACCUACUUGCUUUCUCAGCUUUUAAAAAUUCAUGCAGACCAGUAGGGAAGAAACAGUACUUUAUCACAAGGAUUUAAUGAGAGAAACCAUUACCUUAUAUAUUCCUAAUCAAAGGCACAUACACACAUCCUUACAUAUUGGUGGUACAUGGGUAGCUGCCAGUUUUAGUUAUAGUUACUUUAUUAUUUUUGAAGCUAGCAAGGUUAAUCCACCCCCAAAACAGUUAAUGCCAGUGUUGGAUAGAUCUUCAGUGUCCCUUCAAGGUAUACCAUACCAACUAAAAAACCCACAGACCUCUAAUCACAGCCUUGCUUUAUAAGUAGUAGUAAAAAUCAAAAGCAUAUCUUGCUCUCAAAUUCAGCUUUAAGCAAAAACAUUGCUAGUCUCCAUGCCAACAUCUUGCAUGACUCUUCUCUGCAAAAUAAGUCUUAAUUUAUGCAAGUUAUUUUUUAGUGCUUUGUUCUUUAACUUUUGUAUGUGCAUUGAUUGUAGAACUAAUAACUGACAGGUCAUGUUACUGAAUGACUUACCUGAUAAUAAGGACUAGCAGCAAAACUGGCUAAUUCCCUUUGUCCUUGGGCUGCUUGGGAAUUGGCAAAUGAGUAGGUACUUAAAUUAAUAGUCAUUAUGUUGCAUUUCAUUUCAUAUGGAACAAAGAACUGAUAGUACUGUCCUGAGGGAGGCAAUGGCCUUGUCUCUUAGCUACAUCCUUUUAAGGAAGAGAGUAUAAAUACAGUUACUUGAAUCUAUCUGACUCUCUGAAUAAUAUACUUAGUUACUCAAUCAACUUUCAUGCCCAAAACUGGUGAGAACUUACCUUUGAGAUUUUAUUGAUGGUGUACUGUUCCAGAUCAUUAUUUGAGCUUGCUGCAUGAUGCAUCUUUCUUUUUUUGCAUCUCAAAGUUGAAAAGCAAGUUAUGUUUAGUAACACGUACCACCUUUGCUUGAGAGUUCACAGCCCUGCCCAGUCCCCUCUGACUCUGUCCUUAAAUUUAGUACCUCUGAUGUGAGAUACAAAGAAAUGCACAUUAGGCUGCUUUCAUGCACAGUAACGAAUGUGCAUGGUUUUUAAAUUAUGCUUAAUGCACAGUAGCCUAUUUUACUGUGCAUCAGUAUAAUUGCACAGUUUUUUACGUGGCACUUUAAUGCACAGUAAAAUGGGCUACUGAGCAUGAAAAUGCACAUGUAGACAUGCCUGCUAAGUC